AACCGUACAAUUUGAAUCAAGAAGUUCGUGUUCAUGGUUUUUUUUUAUCACAAAUCCUGUUUUCUGUUUUUCACUAAUUAAUUCAGCUAGAAAUUUUCCAAAUCUUGAGUUUACGCUGAAAAAAUUGUCAAAUUUUAGUUUUUGUGGAGUGUAAACAUCAAGCUUAUCAACUUCACGACCUGAACUGAUCAUUGAGACACAACUUUACUUUACUCGGCAUCGGUUAAUCAAUUGCUAGUAAUUUGUGAGUAUCUGAGUAAAAAACUUGAAUUUUAAAAACUAGAGCCUUCAAUACAUAUCAUUAUCAAAAUUCAAACAUCCUGAUCUGUCACGAGUAAUCUACGAUCAAAGAGUAUCAGCCGGCGACCCGGCACAAGCACAGUUCCAUCAAAAUGACUUCCGAAAUAUCAGAAUCUGAAAUUCAUUCUAGAUCCGGUGGCUUGAGAGUAUCUGAAAAUAUUCACUUUGCAAACGAUAGAGAAGCGAAUAUUCCUUCGUAUAACUCGAAUAAUGCACCUUCUUCGCGACCGCUAGGAUCCGGCCCAGUAUUACAGUCCACUGUAAAAGUAGAAGGAAGAAAAGAAAAUUCAGUGGAUCGAUACAAGGUGUGUCCUUUACUGUUACGAGUGUUCUACACCUACAACCAUCAUCAUAAUCCGCUUGAUUACAAGAAUAAAAUAUAUCCAAAGAAUGAAAUGCAAAUACACACGUGGAUGGAUGCUACACUGUCGGAAAUUCUCGUGAAUCUCCAACAUAAAAAUCGAAAAGUUAGAAGAAGCGGAACGGUAAUACAUUAUCAAAUAGUUUCUCCUGAUCCUGCUAGACCUAGGCUUAGAAUGAAAGAUAUCGGUAGCGUUAAAGUUGACCAUAAGGGUCCAGAUGAUUACAAAACGUUGGCACAAUGCAGAUUAGGGAUCGGCGAUUUCAUUGAUAUAUGUAUAAAACUUCCGAAAAGUUGAUUGCAUUUAAUUAGUGAAGAUUUUAAGGUUUUAAUUGUUCUCAUUCUAUGUAUCAUUUUACUGCUGGACGUUUGAUUCAAUGACUCGAAGAGUCUUUUAUGAUGUUUUAAUCUUUUUUUUUCAUUUUGUAUUAUAUUCUUCACGUAUUCGUGCUUGAUUUUAUAAUUUUGUACUGAGUAUAAAAUGGAAAACGAACUGAAAAAAUUGUACAUACUUAGAAACAUGGUACAUAUUAAAUUAUUAUCAAAUAAAAUAAAUUUUCAGCUA